AUGGCAUCUUCAUGGGAAUACUUUGGGGAGAUUGCCAAUGUGGCUCAGCUAACGGGCAUUGAUGCUGUGAGGUUAAUUGGUAUGAUUGUGAAAGCUGCAAGUACAGCACGGAUGCACAAGAAGAACUGUAGGCAAUUUGCUCAGCAUCUGAAGUUGAUUGGAAACUUGCUGGAUCAGCUCAAGAUCUCUGAGCUAAAGAAGUACCCCGAAACCCGGGAGCCUCUGGAGCAGCUAGAAGAUGCUCUUAGAAGGUCUUACAUUUUGGUGAAUAGUUGUCAGGACCGCAGCUAUCUUUAUUUGCUGGCCAUGGGCUGGAACAUUGUCUAUCAAUUCAGGAAGGCUCAAACUGAAAUUGACAGAUACUUGCACCUUGUUCCUCUCAUUUCGCUAGUGGACAAUACUAGAUUCAGGGAGAGACUUGAAGUUAUUGAAAAGGAUCAAUGUGAGUAUACAUUAGAUGAUGAGGAGCAAAAGGUGCAGACUGUCAUUUUGAAACCUGAGCCUGAUCAAGGUGAUGCUGUAGUGCUGAAGAAAACUCUUUCCAGUUCUUACCCCAACGUUUCUUUCAACGAAGCUCUUAAAAAAGAAAAUGAAAAGCUUCAAGUAGAACUACAACAUUCACAAGCAAAUAUGGAUAUAUACCAGUAUGAGUUCAUUCAACAUUUAUUAGAUGUCACAGAAGUUGCAGCUCAUUAUAAUUCCGAAAAAAAUAAUAAGACAGUAGAGUACAGUGACAACAGUUAUUCUGAUGCCAAUGGUGGCAUAGCUCAUUCUUCUGAUGAAAAAAUCCAGAAAAAGAAUGUUCCUCUUUCUGCAUCAAGAUCAUCAGUUUCAGAAAAGGAUCUGCUAUCAACCGGCGGUUCAUAUCAUCGGGAAGAUUGGCAUACAGAUUUAUUUGCUUGUUGUUCUGAACCUUGUCUCUGUAUAAAGACAUGCUUCUAUCCUUGUGGAACAUUGUCAAAGAUUGCCAGUGUUGCGACUAACAGGCCAAUUUCUUCUGCAGAAGCAUGUAAUGAACUGAUGGCAUAUUCAUUGAUUUUAUCUUGCUGCUGCUACACUUGCUGCAUAAGGACGAAGCUUCGGAAGAUGAUGAACAUUAGGGGGGGCUAUAUUGAUGAUUUUCUUUCUCAUUUAAUGUGUUGCUGCUGUGCCCUUGUGCAAGAAUGGAGAGAAGUUGAGAUUCGCGGGGCUUGUGGUCCUGUUGAGAAGACAAACACACGGCCUCCACCCUCACAGUACAUGGAAUCUUAA